AUGGCGAAAUAUAGGGAGAAAGCGAAAGAACUCUUGAAUGACAUAGAGAGAUUUGGUGGAGAAUGGGAAAUCUUCCCCAUACCCAGAGAAGAGAACGCAGCCGCGGACGCAAUCGCCAAGGCAGCAGCCGCAAAGAGCCAGCGUUUCAUGGAGAUGAAAAUGACAGAGGAGCGUUCGAUUUCUUCCGUAGAUACGGAGGAGGAAGUGUUACCUAUAGAAGAGGUAGACACCUGGAUGCAGAGACUAUUGGCAUACCUAACAGAAGGCAUUCUACCAGAGCAAACAGCUGAAGCCGCAAAAGUAGUUCGACAAUCAGCAUCAUACUCAGUCCUAGAGGGAGUACUCUACAGGGCAUCAGCUACGCACCCAUGGUCUCGAUGCCUGACCAAGACAGAGGGCCUAUACGUUCUGCAGGAAAUCCAUGAGGGGAUCUGCGGAGCCCAUGAGGCGUCAGCAGCCCUGGUUAGGAAAGCAUCUUUAUAA